AUGGACGGCCCCAAGCGCGCGCAGCUGCGGGUGCGGCUCCGGGUGACGGCGCGCCGGCGGGGCGCCGACGCGGCGGACCGCGCCGGCCCGAGCGCCGGCCAGAAGCGCCGCCUGGACGCCCCGCUCGUCAACUCCGCCGCCAAGCUGCAGCGCCGCGAGAUCGGCGGCCGACAGCUCGCCGCGCGCGGCGGGGGCGCCGCCGCCGCCGUGCCCGAGCGGUUCCGGAACAUGCAGCUCCAGGAAGAGUUUGAUACAUAUGAUCACGAUGCUCACCUAUUUGUGAAGCUACAGAUUCUUAAAAAACGAUCCAAAAUUAUUGAGAUUGUGGCGGCAAAAGAUAUCAUAUUCGCUCUUGCUCAUUCUGGGCUUUGUGCUGCCUUUAGUCGAGUAACAAACAAGCGGUUAUCCUUCUUGAAUUUAUGCCCAGAUGAAGUGAUUCGGAGUUUGUUCUACAACAAGAACAAUGAUUCUCUUAUUACUGUCUCAGUUUAUGCAUCCGACCAUUUUAGCACAUUGAAGUGCAGAACAACCCCAAUCGAAUAUAUACGGAGGAAUCAGUUAGAUGCCGGGUUUCCUCUUUUUGAGACGGAAUCUCUAAAGUGGCCUGGCUUUGUGGAGUUUGAUGAUGUAAAUGGGAAAGUACUCACUUACUCGGCACAGGAUGGUAUCUAUAAGGUUUUUGACUUGAAGAACUACUCCUUUCUAUAUUCAAUACCUGAUACCAAUGUGCAGGAGAUAAAGAUUAGCCCAGGAAUCAUGCUUUUGAUAUAUGAUAGAACUCCAAGUUAUGUUCCUUUGAAGAUAUUAUCAAUUGAAGAUGGAAAGCCACUGAAAUCGUUUAGGCAUUUAUUGCAUCGCGGCAAGAAAAUUGAUUUUAUUGAGCAAUUCAAUGAAAAACUCCUUGUCAAGCAAGAAGACGAGAACCUUCAAAUACUUGAUGUACGAAGUUCUGAGCUAAUUGAAGUCAGUAUUAACAAGUUUAUGACCCCAUCAGCAUUCAUUUUUCUGUACGAGAACAAUCUCUUCUUGACAUUCCGAAACAGAACAGUUGCCGUAUGGAAUUUUCGAGGAGAGCUUGUGACGUCGUUCGAAGACCAUUUGCUUUGGCAUCAAGAUUGUAGCACCAAUAAUAUUUACAUUACAAGUGACCAGGAUCUGAUCAUCUCAUAUUGUAAAUCUGAGGCAGCGGGUGACCAAAGUACAGCUUCUCCAAUUGGAUCAAUCAACAUGAGCGACAUUAUGACUGGAAAGUGCAUUGCCAAGAUUGCAGCUAACGACCCUGCCCUGCGUAUUGCUCCUCGCAAGAAUGGUAGCCCUUCAAUCUGGAGUACUAUCCCAGAAGCCCUGGAGGAUGUCACAGCACUGUUCUACGACGAGGACAGGAACGAGAUCUACACUGGCAACAGUCACGGGCUGGUGCAUGUGUGGUCUAGUUAGGUAGUAACACAGUAUAUAUGUCACUUUUUGAUCUGAUAAGAAGGUUGGAUGCGCCACCGCAUUCUGUAUCAUCUCCAGGUUGGUGUACCUAGUUCUGUAUUUUCGCGAUAGUGUAAUUUGUUGUUGCUGUAUGAGAAAAUGUAAUUCCCCUGUAAAUAUUCUUUGUCAUGUAAUGUUAUUUACAAUAGUUAGAAGAGGGCUUCUCAGCCCACAGAUUUCUGCAGGAACCUUCUGAUAGUAGCCAUCUUUUCUGUUAUUUUGAUAUGUAUCAAUGAAACGGUGUGUUUCUUUGAGAGAACUGGAUAUGAAAAUACUGCAUGUGCAGAGUGAAUUUUCUA